AUGACCACGGCUGCCAGGCCCACAUUGGCCAUCUCCCAGUUGGAGCUCUUCACAGCUGUGGAGGCGGUGAAAGGUCGCAUGGGAAGCAACUUCUUUGCCACGCAAUUUCAGCUCGAAUUUCAGGUGUCCAUCACCAAUUGGCUGGGCCGAUCUGACCAGGCCACAGUCGUGGUGGAUCUGGAGAACUCAGAGGAGCCAAUGCCAAUUGUCACGCCAACCUCCGCAGUGUCAACCACAAUCUACAACAGUGAUCCUGUGGCCUUUUCCGUGCAGACACUCUAUGCCGACACAUCGAGCUGCUCAAACACGAACUCCACACCUCAGCAGAUAGUUGUCACGUGGGAAUACAGCGAGAACUUCGGAGCCUACCAAGCUUUUCCUGUUAGUCUGAAAGACCUGGAUCGCAGCCCUGGCGGCAUCCGCUUCAAUGGCUACACCUUCCAGAGCAACACCUUUCACCAGUUCCGUGUCACAGCGCAGUACGAAGGUGCCUCGAGCGUGUGGCUCUCAGAGUUUACUCGUUGGCAGGCGGGAGCACGGCAGUAUGUCUUCAAUCUGACCGUGGCACCUCCUGCCCCACCGGUGGUGCGUAUCAUUGGCCCCAGCAGCGUCUCUGAUGCUUGCAGCUUCAGUUUGGAUGCAUCGGGAUCUUAUGAUCCCUCACUGCAACCAGGAACUGCGGCGGACCUGGCAUUUGAGUGGUCCUGCGUGUCUUCAACCGGGAGCGACUGUGCACUCAGCAACUUCGCCACUCCCACAGCCACUGAUGGCUCCGGCACAGCUGGUGCACAAAUCACCGUGGCAGGUGGGGAAUUAGCAGAGGGCUUCUACAACUUCACCGUUUCUGUGCGGCGAACUGGGGAGACAGAGGCCACAGUCUCCCUUUGGCAGCUUGAGAUCUCCGCUGGAGCGCUUCCGCCUGUGUCCAUUGCAGUGCCAUGGAGCGAGGGGGAGGCCGUCUCCACUCAAAUGGGCUGGCGCUUGGGGCCCACCAUCGCAACGGUGCAGGGAAGCCAAGGUUGCACCGUGCCAACUUCUUGGGCUUGGAAAUUCGUUCUGGUGGAAGACAACAGCCAGUCAUCUAUUCUGGCCUUCAUGAGCACUUCCAUCUCGGGCUCUGGCUCGCUUACCCUGAGCACUUCCGAGUUCUUGGAUCGAUUUUUGAUUCCAGGCAAUAGAUACUAUUAUGCCAUCCUCCAGGCAGCGAACCAGGCAGAGAUGGACAUCCUUGAAGCUGGGCCUUUGGAUGACUUGGGUCGAGCCAUGGCCCUUGGGGCAAAGGUUGUGAAAUCAGCAGCGUUCCUGGCUGAUGGACCCCCUUCUGGAGGAAUUGUGCAGUCCAGCCCACAAGCCGGCUAUGCUGUCACAAACUCCUUCUCUGGCACCACCUUCGCUUGGUAUGAUGAAGAUGUUAGCACUCUGUCCUAUGCCUUCUAUUUGCUUCCAUUCCGGCAGAACCUGACCAUGACCUCCGACGGCAAUGGAGGCAUCGUCCUGGAUGGCCAGUUCCAAAAUCCUGUGGUGGAUUGGACCAACGUCAGCAGUCCCUUGUAUUGGUCCCGUCAGGGAGGAUCAUUCCUCAAGAAUGUCUCGGACCCAAACGCAGCACAAUGGGAUGUGAGCGUUGGGGUUGGUGCCUACGUGAUGGCAGCAGUUGCCAGAGACCGUUUUGGAGCCGUGACUGCGGCAUAUACACCCGGUCCUCUAGUGGAAGCCCCACCAGGAGGCGUAAGCCCUGAGUUGGCUGCAAACCUGCUGGACACUGCCCUUUCGAGUGGUGAUGAGACGGUGAUUUUGGGAGCCCUUGGUUCCCUCACAUCGGUGCCAGUGGCGGCUCGGAAUUGGGAUCAGGCUAGCGCCGACGCAGCGCAAGCAGAAGCCGUGACAACAAAGAAAUUGGAGGCUCUGGAUGCGGCAGCAGGGGUUGUUGGCGCGUCGUCAGCAAGCCUAACUAUGUUCGGAGAUGUGGCGAACAACUUGCUGCAGAGUGAGUCUGGUGGAGCUUCUGCCAAUGUGGCCGAGCAAGCCUCUGGAGCGCUCGACACCGUCCUGACGGCAGCCUUGGAUUCUGAAGGCAUCGAUGCUGGCGCCGGUGAGUCCUUGCUGCGCGCCACCACUUCGGUGGGCGACAGCUUCGCAACGUCCUCCAGCGACUCCGAUGUGGCGAAGGGCGCCAGAGCCUCGAAGCUGCGGGUCUUGUUCUCCAAACUUGGUAGCGCUCUACUGCAACAGAUGCCAGCGGGUGCGUCCAGUAGUGUCUCUACAGUUGAAGGAGGCAAGGGCACAGAGAUUGCAGUCGUCAAGGAGGACCUCAGCGCUGCUCAGGAAUCGGGAGUUAGCUCAGAUGGAGCGCAGAUCCCAGCCUCUGCUCUGGCGCGACGACUUCAGAGUGGCUGCACUUCGCUGGCUGUGCAGAACACCAACUUCGUUGGAAGCAACCCCUUCAACUACCUUACUCGCAGUCUUGGGAAGAACGCCUACGUCGCCAACGAUGCCACGGUGAGGACCUUGGAGCUGAAGCAAUGCGACACCAGUUUGGUGCGCCCAAACCUUGAUCCUCCGAUCGCCCUCAAGUUGCAGCUGCAACUUGUCGAAGUGGUCGAAAAAAACCAUGGAAGGAACGCAGUGCCGGGACUCGCACCCGAGGGAUACGUCUAUGAGCCGGUCUGUGUGCGACUGGACGAGACGUCUGAGCUGCUCCCGCAACAGGAGUGGACAGUAGACUCAAUGACCUGGCUGUUGCCUUCAUCUUAUGGUGCCACAGAGCUGGAGUGUCUUGCGGGCACAGGUGGCGGAUCCUAUGCAGCAAUUUAUGUUCCUGUGAAGCUGGAAACAACUCUGACCAGCACCUCCAUGACAUCUACUAGGACCUUGGUGACAACUGUAACCAGCGUGCCAGUAGAGGUCCAAUUUACGGAUGGUGGCAUGGUGUUCGGGGUGGUCUUGGCUGGAAUUGCCCUGGUGGUGGUGGCGGGGGCAAUUGGUUGGCAGUGCUAUGUGGGCAAUGUAAAGGUGCAGAAGCCUGAAAUGCCCAGGGAGCUGUUGAAGCAAGUGUCUGAUCAAUGGCAAGGAAUGAAGGAGAAGAUGCAGUGGAAAUCAGCGAGGGUUGGCACUGAACCAACUGGCCCUGGAACGGAGCGAAAGGAAGCUUGGCCAGAGAACCCCCAGCCAAAACCACAGGCUGAAAGGAAACAGGCACGGAGCGAUGCUCAAGAUCACUUCUGGGAUUGGGCCAAUGACUUGAUCAAAUCGACCUCCCAAGGUGAUGCGCCAACACCCCCACACACGAAGUCCAGCGGCCAAUCUUUUGCACUUGGGCCGCCCAAAGUAGGCAGCCCACCAACUCUACCUCCACGCUUUUCUGUGCGAAGGCCAUCCGUGGAGAAGGAGGAAUACUUUCAAAGUUUUGCCCAGGAACUUCGGGAGAUGGUGUCAUCUGGCAUCCCUGGCCUGAUUGCCGACUCCCCAGUUGAUGUGAUCCCGCCCUCACCUCCUCCAAAGCGUUCGGUUCAAAGCAGUUUCCCUGCUCUGCCCCCAGCACCUCCUCCCCGACCGCGGAGGGACACAUCUUCGGCUGUGUCGACUGUGCCACCUCAAUUGGCCAACGCUGAGAGGGUGGCGGUUCGGGUGGACCAGGCGUACUCCGACUGGAUGAACGACUUCGCCAGUGUGGCGGCCCUUGCGCCCAGCGCAAGGGAAAGCCCCGACUCGCCACCGCCGCCACCUCCCAGGCCACCGCUUCAAAGCAUGUUGCCAGGGCCACCGCCAAGGCCAGCCAUUGCGAACCAGGCGGCCGAACUCAAGGCUCCGCCACCAUUGAACAGAGGAGGCUCCGCUUCGUUGUCGGAGUUGAGGAACUUUGCCAAAGCACCUCCACUCCCUGCAGCAGCGUUGGCUGGCACCCUGCCACUGCCACCACCGCCACCAAGAUCAGAUUCACAAAUGUCGGUACUUUCGCCUCCCUCCUUGAAAGCAGGAUCUCAGUUGUCUCGGGCGCUUCCGAAACAUCAACCGCUUCAUCCUCCGCUUCCGAAAGGCGCGUCGGUAAGAAGCACAUCGAGUGCAACAGGUGCUCCCCCAAUCCCUGGUGCCAUCAGCGGUGAGGGCUCACAUACGCCCCGAGAACACCACUCCCGAUAGAAUUGGAUAGAUACUCAACUGCUGCGUCUGAAGAAUCACAGUCUGGAAGAGCAGCAGAGCAAAUGUAGAUUCCCAUGUACUGCACCUUUUCAGAGUGCAGUCUUGGAACCACACUGGACGCCUUGCGUUCAUUUUCCUUGUCGUUUCAGUGCAGCGGGCUCCAACUUUCUAG